AUGUCAGGACUAGCAGCACGGCUGAUGCCCCUCUUCGGACGCUGUGUUGUGCAGAAGGUGCAACCAGCGACGGUUAGCAAGGGCGGCAUCUAUAUCCCGGCAAGUGCUUCCCCAAAAUCUGGCUGCCACAUGGCGAAAGUCGUUGCGGUCUCGCCACCCAAGGGCACAGGAAAUGCUGCAGUGAGUGAAGACUGGGCGAAGCUGCAGGUUGGGCAGACGGUGAUGGUGCCCGAGUUCGGCGGUAUGAAGGUUGAAGUUGAUGACGAAGAGUUGUUUGUCUUUAGAGGAGAAGACAUCCUUGCGGUUGUGAAGGAUGAGUGA